UGAAGAUUUGGCGAGAACGAAGUUCAACAUUUAAAACUGUGCUGUUUGACAAUAGACGAACGUCUCGAGAGCAAUCAUGCAAAUAAUGCUGAUAUAUGCGGUUUGUGCUGUACUUCGUUUCACUCGUUCUACUCAAACAGCUACAAUUACGGAUGACGUUGUUGACAGACGAGAGGCUGCAAAUGCAACAAAUAUUUUGAAGGAUCUUUUACAUAAAAAUGUUUAUGAUAUACGCACACGUCCGUUUGCACAAAAAAAGCCAAUUGAAGUUGAUGUGGUUGGUCAGAUUCAACAAUUUAAAGACAUCAAGGAAUCUACUAUGGAAUUUACAUCAAGCGUCUUCCUUAUCCAACGUUGGAAAGAUCCAAGACUAAAGCAUAAGGUUGCAGGAACUCUAUCGUUAAAAGGAAAAGAAGUUUCAGAGAGAAUUUGGACACCAGAUACCUAUGUUCCCAAUUCCAACCAGUUUACUUUACACGAGAAAAAUCAACUUGCUGUCAUUUCAAUUGAUGGGGGAGUGUAUUACAGUGCAAGGGUGACGAUUGUAGCCGCAUGUCAAAUGUACUUGCAAAAUUUCCCAAUGGAUGUUCAGGAGUGUACAUUGAAAAUUGAGAGUUAUGCUUACAGCAAUGAACAUAUGCAACUACGCUGGAAGAAAAGUGGUACAGAUCAACCGAUACAAGUCAUAAAUACACAAAUGGCUGAAUUUGAAAUUUCUGAUAUCAAGUGUACAGUCGAGAAUGUUACAUACAAAGCAGGAAAUUAUUCUAGUCUACGGGCGAAAUUCAGGUUUGAACGUCGGAUGGGUUUUUAUCUCAUUCAGGUUUAUCUUCCAACCUUAAUCAUCACUAUACUUAGUUGGUUGUCCUUUUACAUUGACCCGAGGGACAUUGGAGAAAGAGUAUCCUUAGGGAUCACAACGAUUCUUACGAUAGUUUUCUUACUUGGUACCAACAAUUCUUCCAUGCCUCGCGUGAGUUAUGCCAAAGCUAUAGACUGGUAUCUAAUCACAAGUUUUAUGUUCGUGUUUGCAACAUUGGUUGAGUCCCUCGUCGUUUUUAAAUUUUCUCGUUAUGAUGAUAUGCUCAAAGAAGAUAAAAGGACAAAUAUUACGGAAGAAGUUAUCGGGUACAAACCGAACAACGUUAUGCGGGAGGACUCUUUUAAGAUGGACGCGUUAAAACAACAAGAGGCAACGUCUCCCUGUUUAGUCGAUGAAAAUGGUGAAACACGUUCUCUGCGCAUCGCGUUUGCGCACAAUGACCUGUAUCACCGCGGUCGUAACUCGGUUGCAUUGCCAAAAUGUAUACCAAAAUCUGCUGUGUAUAAAUCCAAUUGUCAUUUCUCUUUGAGUCAAAUGGUCGAUCGUGUUUGUCGCAUUCUUUUUCCAGUCUCCUUUGGUUUUAUGAAUAUCUUGUAUUGGGGUUUGUUGUCAGCGAAAUGAACACGAUAAUAUUCGUUCAAUGAGAAGGAGUACACUUUUCUCUAUUUGUGUACAAAAGUACUCAACGAAUUUGUAGAAGUGCCAAAAGUCAAGUUCCACAAGAUAACCAAGGAUGUUUUGAGAAACCAGCUUUCCUGGAGAAAGGGAGUUUAGAUGUUUGUAAGAGAUAGGACAUAUAGUACCUUUUUUCGUUUAGUUUGUUGUAGAUUUGUACAUUAAAAUAUGCGAUAUAGUACAAAAGAAAGUCCAAUAUAGCUAUAACUACAGAUAUUAUUUAUAAUAAUUAGGACGUUUAAAAAUAUAUUGGUUAGCAAUUUUAGGGGUCCGCAGUUGACGUGACGGCGAGUGAUUAAAUUGCAAGCACAAUAACUGAACACUGCAAGUAAGCGAAAUAGGAAAUGUUCAGCGAUAGUUAUCGCUAUCGCGCUAUUACUUAAACCAUGCAUUUUGGUUACCUAUAACUAGUGGCUACCCUAAUCCCCCUGCAUCAUUGUACAAAACAAGCCUAUAUCUAUUUUGACGAAGUGUAUCGAUUAUAGAGAAAUAUAAAAUUUUAACCACAAAUACAGUAUCUGAUGAUGGUUGAAUGAUAUAAGAUUAGGAA